UCCCUGUCUGAAUCUUAUUUCGAAACUCAAACCUAAAGCGAUAAGAGGACCAUCAUUCACACAGCAGGCACACUACCGCUCUCUGCACUCCUCAAGGUUGCACUCCCUUACAGUUUAGACCGCACAGCAUAGACAGCAUGGCCUCCAAAAUCUGGGAAGAAAUUGACUCCAACGUUUAUAUUCCAGCUUGUCUAGAGAGUUAUACUGAACCUGUGCAAGACAAAGUCUAUGUAAUGUUCCAUGGAACAACAAAGCAAAAUGCAGUGCUAAUCAAGAAGAAUGGCUUCAAACCCUCUGAGAAUGGCAUGCUAGGACGGGGUAUAUAUGUUAGCCGAGACAUUCAGAAGGCAAGCAGGUACCCCUUGGAUAUUGAUGAAAAUCAGCGAUAUGUCCUAAAGCUCCACGUCCAUGUGGGAAGAGUUAAAAAAAUUGACAGGCAGGGGCAUCCCAUGCAGAAAACAUGGCACGAGAAAGGAUAUGAUACAGCCUGGGUGCCACCUAACUGUGGAAUGGUGCCCAGUGGCUUAGAAGAAGACUGCGUCUGGGAUCCCUGGAGAAUCCGGGUUAUAGAAAUCAUGAAUCCAUCUUUAGUUCGUCAGAUACUCCAUGAACAGGCUAUCAGGAAUCAGCCUUUUGCUCCUGAAAGAAUGUUAUAUGCACAAAAUUAUUUGGGCAGUGUGGUUGCAAAGCUGAAACUUAAAGGAAUUGACAGAAAGUCACUACCAGGAGAGGAGCCUGUGGCUUCAUUUGACUCUCCAGAUACGGAGAGGAUUGACAGACUGAUAGCUCUUUCUCGAUUCGAAUCAAAGAUUACAUUCCUUCACAUUUUUCUCCAGAGUUUAACUGAACCUGAGGAGAACAAUGUCUAUGUGAUGUUCCAUGGAACAGCAAGGCAAAAUGCACAACUCAUCAAAAGGAAUGGUUUCCAACCUUCUCAAGAUGGCAUGCUGGGAAAGGGAGUCUAUGUUAGCCGUGACAUUCAGAAGGCCAGCAAAUAUCCAAUACAAGUUGAUCCAACUCAACGGGUUGUCCUCAAGCUCAAUGUGAAUGUGGGAAAAGUUGUAAAGAUUGACAGGCAGGGGCAUCCACUGCAGAAGUCAUGGCACUCCUAUGGGUACGAUACAGCCUGGGUGCCACCUAACUGUGGAAUGGUGCUCAAAGGCUUAGAAGAAGAUUGCAUCUGGGAUCCAAGUAGAAUUCGAGUUAUAGAAGUCAUGGCUCCAUCUUCAGUGCCUAGUUUAACUGAACCUGAGGACCACAAAGUCCAUGUGAUGUUCCAUGGAACAACAAGGGAUAAUGCAGACCUCAUCAGAAAGAAUGGCUUCCGACCUUCUCAAGAUCACAUGCUGGAAACGGGAGUGUAUGUUAGCCGUGACAUUCAGAAGGCCAGCAGAUAUCCAAUACAAGUUGAUCCAAGUCAAUGGGUUGUCCUCAAGCUCAAUGUGAAUGUGGGAAAAGUUGUAAAGAUUGACAGGCAGGGGCAUCCACUGCAGAAGUCAUGGCACUCCUAUGGGUAUGAUACAGCCUGGAUGCCACCUAACUGUGGAAUGGUGCCCAGUGGUUUAGAAGAACAUUGCAUCUGGGAUCCAAGUAGAAUCCAAGUUAUAGAAGUCAUGGCUCCACUUUAA